AUGAACGCUUUACAGAAAGUAAUUCUGGAAGGCUGGCCAGAAGAUAUUACAGAAUGUAACUACUUCGUUAAGAAAUACUGGAAUUUUAAAGAGGAGCUCAGUCUUUACAAUGGAAUUGUCACAAAAGGUCGCAGACUUGUUAUACCCUUGAAACUCAGAAGUGACAUCCUGAAUCAACUGCAUUAUGGACAUAUGGGAGUCGAGAAAUGCAAACGUCGAGCCAGAGAAGUUGUGUUUUGGAUAGGAAUUAAUUCAGACAUAGAGAAGAAGGUUGCGGAGUGCAGUGUGUGCAACAAAUACAAAAGGAAACAAACCAAACAACCGCUGAAACCACAUUCGGUACCACUUAGACCAUGGCAGAAACUAGGACUCGACUUGUUUGAGCUAAACAGGAAAUCGUUUCUUACUGUUGUGGACUAUUUUUCAAAAUUCUUUGAAAUAUGUGAACUGCAGAGCACAACUAGCUCCAGCAUCAUAAACAAACUAAAACCAAUAUUUUCUCGCCACGGGAUACCAGAGGAACUGAUAAGUGACAAUGCGCCGAAUCUUGUCAGUGACGAAUUCCAGAGAUUUGCAGCGGAAUAUGGAUUACUCACAGAGUAA